GCUGCCACCCGCUCGGCGUCCUUUCCCCUAACUUUCCUGCUAACGACCAUAACAGUGCUUGUACAUUAUUUAGGUUAACAAGUUUAAUGAAAACCAUAAAAAAAUUACCAUUUUUACAAAAAUAACUCAACCGCAAUACUCCCAUCAUGGAUGUGUUUUUAAUGAUUCGGAGAAAGAAACUGACGAUUUUCACUGACGCAAAAGACACGACCACCGUCCUUGAAUUGAAAAAAAUCAUUGAAGGGAUUUUGAAAAUACCGCCCCAGGAUCAACAGCUUUUUAAUAAAGACAACACGAUUAUGGAGGACGACAGGAUGUUGCAGGAUUAUGGACUGACUUCGGCCACGGCCAAGGCACAGAGUCCAGCCACAGUGGGCCUGGCAGUAAGAGAGUCAGUUGAUACGUUUGAGCACUUGGAGUUGACUCCAUAUUCAGCUCCCCCCGACCUCCCCGACGUCAUGAAAUCUCAGGAAGCGAAUGGCCAGGAGCAAUCUUCCUGAAUUUGUUUCGAACAUCGAUUUUUGGAUAAAUUCAACCAAAAAAGUGGUUACGAAACAAAAAAUAAUUAGUUUUCAUUUUUUCUUGCAAUUGAAUUUAUUAUAGGUAUCUGUAAUAAACUCAAAUGAUUACCGGUUUUUUUAAGUUUAUUUAUUGCAUUAAUGAAAAAUCAUUACAGUGUUUGUAUAAUAAUGUGAUAGUUUUUUAUCUUAGGUAAUGUAAUAACAGUGUUCAUGUUUUUAUUGUUUCUUUUUUUUUGUAACAUAACAGCUUCUUCUACGAUCAUUUUUUGUAUCAUAGGUUAGACUGAAUAAUUAACUUAGUGUAAACAUUUUUUUUGGGAAAGAUUCCAAUGCAAAUUAAAAGCGAUUGAUUUAAGAAUCUCAUUGUUAUUGUUUAUUUCCUGUUCAAGGCUUUUACCAAUAAAAACAGACAAAAAUUUA